AUGCCGACCAGCUCCUUUGCCGUACCUACGAUCCUUACCACAGCAACCCUUCAUUUUGCUGAAGUUGCUGAAGAUGCCACCAUACAGGAUGUCAUUGAUGCCUUAGUGGAAACGGCUCGGUCAGAGGUUCUUGGAGACCUGGACGAUCAAGGAUGGGCUCUACAGAAGAUUAGAGUGGAACGGAACGGCCGGCCCUGGGAAGAAGACGAGCUGGAAGCCCUUGGCGAUGGCACCCUGGAUCCAUCUACUUUGGUCGCACCUUUGGUUAACGGCCCGCCGGUGAAGACUACAACUCAACGACAUUUCUCUUCGUUUCCCAUGACUGCCCAUCUUCACACUCCUGUCCUUCGUUUGGUUUCUCUCCAUUCGCAUCUAUCCAUAUAUCUAUCCUUUCUUCGAGUCCCCGAAAUUCACGACGAUUUUCGAUACAAGGUCUUCAUUUCCAAGACUACGACUAUUCAUGACGUCGUAAACUCAGUAAUAGAUGAACUAGGAUUGACCAAGUUCUUUCCAGUUCCAGGGGGCGGCAGCUUGGAAUAUAUUCUCGAAGAGGUGUGGAAGGAUGCUGAAUCUGAAAAAUCUUCUCGACUGCCCGGUUCCUCCUUGAUCUUCAGUAUCGUUGAGACUUCCUUCUGUCAAAACCCAUACACAUCUGCGGCUACUCGCAGCUUUCGUUUCUGUGUCCCCGAUGAGUGGUACCGUCGCUCCAAAUCAAGGAGUGUAUCCACAGCAUCUACAGAACCAGCACAAUCUACCAUAAGACGUCUCGCAGUCCUACAAGAGUUUGACGAAGAUGAAGAUGAUGAAGGAACGGCAAGGAUGUCCAGUCCGGAGGCGUCUGCGACUACAGGAGGCGGGACGAUUUCCCAAAGCCGCUUGUCGACUCUGUUCGAUGGAUGGUUCCAAGCUUCACCUCCUUCCCGAUCCACUGUUGUAGCCACCUCGGAGAAACGCAAAAGCAUAGUCAGCGAGCCAAUACUAGUUGAAAACCAAACCAGCAAUGGCUCAAUAACGGGAUCAAGUUCUGGCCAGGAGUCUGAUUUCGACGAAGCAGAAUUCGAGGCUCUAGUGAACAAUUUCGGACUAAAGAAUGACAAGCGCACUGAGAUGCUUAAUAUGUCACCAGAGAGGAAACGAACGAUCUUAUCGCAACAUAAAUUGAUGAAGGCGGGAACAACUGGAUCUGUGCGAGGUCCAGCUCUCGCUGAGUCCUAUGGGCCUAGCAGUGCCGCUGGUAUAAUUCCGAGAAUCGUUCCACAGCUGACUGGGGAUGGUCUCAUGAAGCGAUUCUCUAUGUGGGGGGUAGCACCUGCAGCUCCCCCUGUAGUUUCCGAAGGAGCACAUAUUAGUGGUGAGUUUGACAAGGGUAGGGAAGGAUUAACCGAUAGGAUCGCCGAGGAACCGAAGCCUGUCUUGCCUCAGAGUACGGGAGGGCGAUGGAGUAACUGGUGGUCAUUGUCCAGCGGCGACAAAGUUGGCUUUGGUGAUAGCAGGGUAUUUGAGAAUUCACCAAAGUGGUAUGUCGAUGGAUUGAAAAGGUGGAAGACAACGGAUAUCAGGAUGCUCAAGCACAUCAUAUCGCUGCGAGUGCACCUUCGCAACGCUAGUAUGGUAUGGGUGGAAGAGUUCCUUAGUGCUGAAAAGGGACUGGACGCUCUGACGGCCAUACUUGCAGGACUAGUUGGCAAAGGCGGAAAAAGGAGAGAUUUGACGGAGAUUGAAACCAACUGCCUGCUGGAAAUCGUCAAAUGCUUCAAAGUCUUUCUGAAUGCCGGGAACGACCAAAGUAAUGAACUCUUCGACCGAAUCAUUGAUGCUCCGAUGAUCGUGACUUACAUCACAUAUUCUCUCCACGUCCCUUCGCCGGAACUGAGGACCAUGUCGUCGGAAAUUCUAGCCGCUCUUUCUUUUCUAUCACCUGAUGGUCACAAGGCGGCACUAUCUGCGCUGUCGGAUUAUCGCGUCGCUUAUGACGAAGCCUUCCGUUUUGAAGGUCUGGUCAAUUCCUUACAGCUGCCCUCCGGUGAAGGAGAAUUUACCGAUGAUAUUGCAACUUAUUUGAUGGAUAUGGACGAUGAAGAGGUCAAGCGGAUUUGGAAUCCCAGAGCCGCGGUCAUGUCCCUCGUGAAUGCUCUGACAAAUUGCCCAAAUACUUUAGAAGACAGGAUUGUACUUCGAGAGGAAUUUAGUAGAAGGGGUUUGAAUGAGAUUAUUGUGGCCCUGCGUUAUGUUAAGCCGCCGGAAUAUGUGAUGAAUCAGCUCAACGUCUAUACAGAGGAGAAAUUGGACGAUGAUGCGGAAAUGCGAGAACGGACUAGAGGGAUGAUGAGGCGGACUGCUACCGACGAUGUCCUGUCUGACGCUGAAGACGUCCUGCAGGACAUAGCCCAACUUGCUCAAGAGCACGGUGAGCUGUAUCCUGUGAUGGUUGAUAUUCUUCGCAAUUACAACGACAUCCUCGGCAAGAAUGUCGAACUGCAACUAAAGGCCGACCUUCUUACUGUUCUGGAUAAGUUUGUUGGACAGGCGGCAAUGCUCGACAAGUUUGACGAUAGUUGGCACAUCUUCAUGAAGAGGUUCGCAUCUUCUGUUUCGCAUAUCACGGGUCAAGAACUCGAGGUCAAGGCCGCAUCUGAGAGUGACCACAUCAUUGAGGAAGAACUGGAGUCUCUGCGAACAAAGGUCGAAGAGCUUAGCGAUGAGCGCACAAAGUUGAAGAACGAACUCAACCAGCAGAUCGCUGAGAUGAACGCUCUGAAGUCUUUGCCUCUUAGCGGCUCUCAGGGGAAGCCGUCUGGAAAGGGUGGUCCCGAGAGUUUCCAUGGCGUUGUUCAGCGUCUUGUGCAGAAGGAAAAGCAAGUUCUCCAGCUCCAGUCAGAACUAGAACGAAUCAAAAGCCAACAACAUCCUAUCGAAGCACGCGAUGCGGACGAGCGUGCUAAACAGGCCCGUGAUCGAACAAAAUGGAAUACUCUGAUGGACGAGAUUGCCAAGCUGAAAGCAAAGAACAGCGAGGCAGAGACAUCACUGGGAAUCAAGGAUAAGGAAAUUGUCUACUUGAAGCGCGCGCUUGAGUCCGUGUACUCCCGGUUUUCGGCCAGGAAAGAACAUCGCGAAGAAGCUCGAGAGGCUGAAAUGGAUGCUGAGCUCAUGGUAGCUCGCACCAUUGAAAGUCUAUCACAGAAGGACGAUCAGAUCGCUUCACUAUGCAUCGAAGUAGCUGAUCUCAAAGCUCAGGUAGCUGACGUAAAAGCUAAACUGGCAUCGAAACCCAAGACCGAGAAGGAAUUCAAAGCGCUUUCUCCCCCUCCCCCUCCCCCUUCCAAACCUAAGUGUACUUCGACAGCGCCAACGCAUGCAUCACUUGCAGACUUAUCAAGGACAGAUACCAAAUCUCCACCACCUCCUCCGCCUCCGCCGCCGCCUCCUGCACGAUUACCGUCGAUAGCCAUUGUCGCAGCUGCCGUUCCAACUUCCUCCACGCCAUUGACGAUAUCUGGACUGCCACCGCCCCCACCCCCGCCGCCUCCGCCUCUCCUUUCUGAUGUUUCCACUGGGCCUCCACCUCCACCCCCGCCCCCCCCACCUGUUCCAGCAUUUUCGUCAGGGUCCCCUCCACUCCCUCCACCACCGUCUCUGGGUACGGGGCCACCCCUUCCCCCGCUUCCGCCUCCUGCUUUCCGAAUGGGUGGUAUGAGACCCAAAGUCACCCGGCCUGUGAAGCGGCUAAAGCCCUUCUUCUGGAACAAGAUUAACAAUUCAACUGUUUCCAAUACAGUGUGGCGUGAAGUUGCGACUGAUAUUCAGUUUGACUUGAAUGAUCUAGAAACGACAUUCACGAUUGAUAACUCCACCUCGACAUCAUCACGACUCCAAGCCAGUCCGAUUAAGAAAUCUACUGUAACAACGCUGUUAGAUAUUACGCGCGCUAAUCAUAUUGCUAUAAUGUUGAAACGGAUUAAACUGGAUUUCCCGGGAAUACGCAGGGCACUACUUGAGUUGAGCGAUGACCUUUCCAUUGAUGAUCUGAGGGCAAUUGGGAAGCAUCUACCAACGCCUGACGAAGUCAACCGGAUGAAAGAUUUCGAAGAUGUUGGGAAGCUUGCCAUGGCUGACCAGUAUUUCGGCCAGAUAAUAUCAAUUCCGAGGCUGUCGCAAAGACUGGAUUGCAUGCUCUACCGUCGUAGAUUAGAUCUUGAUAUUGCGGAGAUACGGCCGGAUUUGAAUACUCUACGUAACGCUGCUCUGGAGCUCCGUGGGUCGACGAAGUUCAAGCAGAUCUUGCAGGCCAUACUUGCCGUAGGAAACGCGUUGAAUGGUUCCAGCUUCCGGGGUGGUGCCCAAGGUUUUCAGCUUGAGGCUCUUCUAAAGAUGAAGGAGACAAAAACAGCCAAGGCUGGUACUGACUGCCCUACAUUGCUGCAUUAUUUGGCUCGAGUACUCCUUCGAUCUCAUCCUAAUCUGGUCAAUUUUAUUGAGGACCUGCCUAAUGUUGAAGCUGCUGCCCGUCUUUCUGUACAAACUAUUAUGCAGUCGGUCAAUAGCAUGGCUUCAGGCCUGGCUCAAAUCAAGACCGAAAUAACGCAACUCAAGCCGCUGCCUGCCCUACCCGACGAUCGAUUCAUUCUAGUGAUGCAACCGUUUGUGGUUGAAGUUGGCGAAAGUAUCAUCGCACUUAAGAAUAUGGGUCUAUCUCUAGAAGGAGACUUGCACUCUCUUCUUGUAUACUAUGGCGAAAAUCCCGACGCACCGGACGCACCCAAGCCUGAAGAUUUCUUUGGUUUGAUUGUAUCAUUUUCGUCCUCUCUUCAGAAAUGUGCUUUAGAAGUUCACGACUCCCAGCAGAAGUCGGGAGUCCAGGCAACGCCGUCUAGCAUUCAGAUCACAGUGGAAGUGGACCGACCUGCGGAACCUCCACAGACCAUUAAGGCUAACCCUGAUACUCAGGGCUCUCAUGGCCGAACUACUGGCGGUAAAUCAGUGGGUCGAGGUGAUCUCGACCAGGCCAUUCGCAGCAUGCGAGACGGGAAACGAAGAGCAAGACCUGCGCGACCACUCAGUAAAAUAUUCCUAGAUGGCGCACCUGGUAGCGGACGACCUCAGAGUCGCUUUUUGAAUCAUGAAGCAUAA